GGGCCGGCCCGGCCCCGCCCCGCCGCUUUCCCAGCGUGCCCCGCGGCGCCCCGCCAUGGCCGCGCCGCUGCUGAGGGUGAUGCGGGCGGUGUUGCCUGGCCCGGCCCGCGGCUACGCCAAGAAGGCGGCUGUGAAGUCCAAGGGCAAGAACGUGCCGAAGGAGGUGCUGAAGGAGCCGGAGGUGUGCACCGACCCCACCAUGCUCGCUACCUACGCCAUGGGGGUUAAUUACUUCAAGGAAGGCCCGGAGGUGGCCCUGAAGCCUGACUCCGAGUACCCUGAUUGGCUCUUUAAGGUCCACCUCGGGCCCCCCAAGAAGCUGGAGGAGAUGGACCCCAACUCGAUUGAGUAUUGGAGGCGCCUGCGGAAGUACAACACAUGGCACCGCAACAGGCUGAAGAAGGGCAAGAAACUGUAGGUGCUGCAGAGCUUUGGGGUGCAGGGGCUGCCCUGAGUGCCAGCGUGGGUGGCACUGGGUCCAGCUCCUGCUUUUGGUCUCUUCUUGCUGUAAAUGAGUAAUAAAUCUUUGGUGAGUCUGA